GCGAGGCAGAGCCGCAGAGGCAAGCUGUGGCAAGCUUCGCUUCAUUCAUUGACUACUUCCUCAUCGUCGACCAACCCAUUGAUCGGUUGAAAUCCUGCGCCGCCACUGCCCCGACGCACUCAUGCUUGUGGCGCGUGGGCUCCGGAGACUGGAUGCGGCGGGGCGCCACCUCGAGCACCAAGCCUUCGUCCCGCCGCUUCGCGCCGCAUCGGGGUUGGGGCUUCUGGGGGCCGGCGCGAGGUUCCACGACUACGACGCCGCCAUCACGGCAUGCGUCGAGCGGAAGGCGCUCCGGGAGGGGCAGCAGGUGCACGCGCGCAUGAUCACCGCGAGGUACCGACCACAGGUGUACCUGGCGACCCGGCUGGUCACCAUGUAUGCGCAGUGCGGUGCGCUGGAGGACGCGCGCAACGUGUUCGACAGGAUGCCUGAGCGGAGUGUGGUAUCGUGGAGUGCCAUGAUCUCAGGGUAUUCUCAAACAGAACGGCGUGUCAAGGCCUUCGAGCUGUUCAUCGAGAUGCGUAGAGCUGGAUUUAACCCCAAUGAAUUCACUUUGUCAACUGUUCUUACAUCCUGUUCUGGUCCUCUAAGUAUAAAACAGGUUGAGCAAGUCCAUUCUCUUAUAGUCAAGACAAAUUUUGAGUCGCACAUGUUUGUUGGGAGUUCCCUACUUGAUAUGUAUGCCAAGUCAGAAAAUAUUCAAGAAGCUCGAAGAGUAUUUGAUAUGCUUCCAGAAAGGGACGUUGUUUCGUGUACUGCAAUUAUAUCAGGUUAUGCUCAUCAGGGUCUUGAUGAGGAAGCCUUAAACUUGUUCAGACGAUUGUAUAGUGAAGGGAUGCAAUGCAAUCAUAUUACCUUCAUGGCCCUUGUCACUGCACUGUCUGGCCUAGCUUCUUUGGAUUACGGCAAGCAAGUUCAUGCCCAAAUACUUCGUAAAGAAUUGCCCUUUUAUAUUGCUCUACAGAACUCUUUGAUUGAUAUGUACUCUAAAUGUGGUAAACUGUUAUACGCAAGGAGGAUAUUUGACAAUAUGCCAGAGAGAUCAGUCGUCAGUUGGAAUGCAAUGCUUAUGGGAUAUGGAAGGCAUGGAUUUGGGCAUGAAGUUGUUAGGAUCUUCAAAAAUUUGCGUAAAGAAGCGAAGCCUGACAGUGUGACUUUGUUGGCUGUUUUAUCUGGUUGUAGCCAUGGUGGACUUGUUGAUGAGGGCCUUGAUAUGUUCGAUAUCAUGGUCAAAGAACAAAGUGAACUUCUCCACACUGGACAUUACGGAUGCGUUAUUGAUCUUCUUGGACGUUCUGGACGACUAGAGAAAGCUUUAAAUUUAAUAGAAAAUAUGCCACUUGAGCCAACUCCAUCAAUUUGGGGUUCACUGCUUGGUGCUUGCAGAGUACAUGCGAAUGUUCAUGUUGGUGAGCUUGUUGCUCAGAAGCUUCUGGAAAUGGAGCCAGAAAAUGCUGGCAAUUAUGUAAUACUUUCUAACAUUUAUGCUGCUUCUGGGAUGUGGAAAGAUGUUUUCAAAGUGAGGAAGUUAAUGUUGGAGAAUACAGUGACCAAGGAACCAGGGCAGAGCUGGAUAAUUCUUGACAAGGUUAUUCACACCUUCCUAUCAAGUGACGAAUUCCAUCCCAGUAAGAAAGAUAUAGAUGCCAAGAUAAAAGAGAUAUUUGUCGAUAUCAAAGCUGCUGGCUUUGUUCCAGACUUGAGUUGUGUGCUGCAUGAUGUUGAUGAUGAGCAGAAAGAACGCAUGCUUCUUGGUCACAGUGAGAAGCUGGCAAUAACAUUUGGAUUGAUGAACACUCCUUCAGGCUUGACUAUCCGGAUUAUGAAGAAUCUUCGCAUAUGUGUUGAUUGCCAUAAUUUUGCCAAGUUUGUUUCAAAAGUUUAUGGGAGGGAGAUAUCCCUUAGGGACAAAAAUCGAUUUCAUCUACUUGCACAUGGAAACUGCACCUGUGGAGAUUACUGGUGAAGAUAUGAUGAACUAUUAAUAUUUAUUUUGUUAAUAAGGAGAGCAGUUUUUAUGAUAUUGCGAAUGAUGGGAUAAUCGAUGGGCCAUUGAACAGACUGAGACAAGUGAAAUAUCUUGUGAUAUUCUUAUCUCAGGUCAUCACACAAAGUGAAGCUGGCAACUUGAGGGUGAUCUACCUUUCGUUAUUUGUUUUCUCGGCCCAUGGUAACAUACUAUGAUUGCAGACUCCGACAUGAGCUGAUUUCGAGAAAAGAUGAACUUUUAUUGCCAGAGAAUAUUCAAACGUCACAUAUCAGAUGUGCAUGCCUAAGGUGCGCCGGCGCAGACAGGCAAGCUAAAGACGGAGCUGUGAGUCUGUGGUGGUAGAUAGCAAAGCAAGUCAGCAGAGCAAGCCAAAAACACAUGAGCUGUGAGCAAUGGCGGCUGGAUGUCAGGAGAGCAAGCUAGGCGUGAGCUGUGGACGACGACGGCGGCCGCUGCUGCCGCUGUGGAUGGCGACGUCUGGUGCAGUGCAAGCGCAGUGCAAUGGGACUUUCAUUACUUCGACGGCCAAAUUCCGAGACGAUGUACAUAUGAUGGAUGCAACAUAUAGAAAUACUGUUGCUGUUUGUUGAGAGGCUUUUGGAGCUGGACACGAUGGAUGCCAAGGUUUUACUGCAUGCUGCUGCUAUCAUUUUGUAGAGAUGAGCGAGCGAUACUCUGGGUUCUUUUCUUGCUGAUGUAUUCUUGGUGUAUGUCUGACAACGAUGGUUUAAUCUCAAGGUUAUAUGAGCAGCAUUUGCAUUUAUUUGGUGAACAAGUUGAAACAAAGUUACAAGGGUCCUUGUCCUUGGGUGUUUAGGGGGCCCAAACUAAA